UGGUGGGCACCGAACCGGGCACCACGCCGGACAAAAUCCGGAGCAAACGGAUCUUCCUCAACCACUUAGACUCGUUCGUGGGGACUCAUACAGGGAAACAUCUAUCCAGCUGUAUGGUUGGAGCAUCGCUGGAGGAACCAAAAGAAGAUGAAGAACUUGUUGAGGAAGAUGAUGAAACAAUUAAAAGUUUUCAAGUCGUCAAAGGAACAUACCAGGUGGUGGGAACAUUGAGUAAUCCUGAUGCCAGGAAGCCUGAUUUUGCUUUUGAAAUCUUCUCUUUUAAUACACGGGAGCAGCUAUUGGAAUAUCUUCUGGACUGCGACAUCAUUAUCUAUAACAUCACAGAAUCAACAGAGAUAAUUGAUGAAGCCACUUGGGCUGUUUCAGCGCUACAUUCAGAGAUGGAAAAUUUUGAGGGCCCAAAGAUAUUCAUUCUGUUGUCAACAAUAAUGACAUGGACACUCACCAAACCCGCUGAUCCUGAGGAUCCAGAGGCUCCCUUAACAGAAGAUGACUAUCGUAGAAGAAAGGCUCAUCCAAAUUUUAAGGAUCACCUCAGCCUUGAGAAACUGGUUACCAAACUUGGAAAAACUAAGAAGCGCAAGUUUGCCACAUACGUUAUUGCUUCUGGACUUGUUUAUGGAAUGGAAGAAGAUACAUUUCACUACUUUUUCAAGGAGGCCUGGCUUGGGCUGAAUCCAGCAAUAUCAUGCUUUGGAGAGGGAAAAAAUAUUGUUCCAACCAUUCAUGUCCAAGACUUAGCUUCAGUGUUACAAAAUGUAAUGGAACGUAAACCAAAAUCGUACUACAUUCUUGCACUGGAUGACUCAAAGCACCAGCUGAAAGAGAUACUCAAGGCAAUCAGCAAACUUGGACCUGGCAAGAUCCAGCAUGUUCCUGAAGGAGAUGCCCUGCUCAACUAUGACUUGACACAAUCAGAUCUUGAUCAUUUGAUGGUGAAUCUGACAAUGGAGGCUUUUUACAUCAAGGAAAACUUUAACAUCCAAUGGGUGGCUGAAAGCGGUAUUGUGGAUAACAUUCAGAACCUUAUCAAAGAAUACAAGCAAUCUCGAACACUUCUGCCACUAAAAAUUGCUAUUCUGGGACCCCCUGCAGUGGGGAAAACCUCGGUGGCGGAAAAGUUGGCCAAGCAUUACAAGCUGCACCAUAUCAAAAUAAAAGAUGUCAUUGAAGAGGCUAUAGCAAAUCUGGAAUUUAAAAGUGUGCAGCCUGAUACUGGGGAACUUGAAGAAACUGAAGAAGAAAGUGAUGACAUGGCAGCCAGAAGUGCCCAGGACCUUCUUGACCAAGUCAAAGAAAAUAUGGAGCAAAAUGGUCGUCUGGAUGAUUCUUUCAUCAUCAAGUUUAUGAAGGAGAAACUGUUAUCUAUGCCAUGCCUGAACCAGGGUUUCAUUCUUGAUGGCUUUCCUAAGACCUAUUUACAAACCAAGGAACUCUUUAGUUUGGAAGAGGAUGAGGAAGAAGAAAGUAUCUUGAAACUCCCACAAUACAACAAGACAAUUACUCCAGAGUUUGUCUUUUCUUUGGAUGCCUCUGAUGAGUUCUUGAAGAAUCGCGUCUUGAAUCUGCCAGAGAGUGUUGUUGUUGGAACCCAUUAUACACAAGACAGGUUCAUGCGCCAUCUUGCCUUUUACAGAGAACAAAAUGCAGAAGAUGAGACACUCCUUAAUUAUUUUGAUGAGAUUGAGAUUCAUCCUAUACACAUUGACGUUUCACAAGACAACGAUGCUGAAAACACCCCAGUGAUCGAUGAUAUUAUUAAAAUCGUGGGAUCUGCCAAAAACUACGGGCCCACGUAUGAAGAGCUGAAAGAGUUGCAGCGCAGAGAGGCAGAUGAGCGCCUGACCAGAGAGGCUGCUGAACUUGCAGAGCGGGAACGCAGGGAGGCAGAAGAAGCUGCCGAAAAAAUAGCACGCUGGGAGGAGUGGAGCAAGCGCCUAGAGGAGGUAAAGAGACAAGAACAGGAAUUUCUUGAAGCUCAUUCAGUUCCGCUGCGAAAUUAUUUAAUGCAGAACGUCAUGCCUACACUGACCAAGGGGCUGAUUGAGUGUUGCAAAAUCAGACCCGAUGACCCAGUGGAUUUUCUGGCUGAAUACCUGUUCAAGAAUAAUCCACAAAUUGAAUGAAGAGAAGGAAGAAGUUGAUUUGCUACCAGAGAUCAUAUGGAUGUUAAACAAUUUCUGAUAAAAAGCAUUGAUUAGAAAGGUGUCUUUUUAAAUUGUAUAUUAGCAAAAUAAAUUGUAGUGAAAAUGUAAUUUGUGUUAUUAAAAUAAAUCCUGCUUA